AUGGGGAUCAACCUUUUCAGUAAGUAUGAAGUAUUCCAAGUACUAAAUUCUGGAGUGCUGGACGUUGACACCUACCUCAGGGACAGCAGGGAGGAAUCAGGGGAGGAUCCUUACAAGAGACACGCCUUCAACCAAGCAAGGAGCGACAGUAUACCCAUCGAUAGAAACAUUCCUGACACAAGAAACUAUAGGUGCCAAAGUAUAAACUAUGAUAUUGAAAACCUUCCACCUACAUCCGUCAUUAUAACAUUCCACAAUGAGGCCAGGUCAACAUUAUUAAGGACUGUUGCAAGUGUGUUAAACAGGAGUCCAUCACAUCUCAUCAAAGAAAUCAUCCUGGUCGAUGACUUCAGUGACAAUCCUGAAGAUGCUCAAAUUCUCCGUCAGGUCCCCAAGGUCAAAGUACUACGUAAUGACAAGCGAGAAGGUCUUAUACGAUCCCGGGUACGAGGCGCUGAUGCUGCCACUGCCAGUAUUCUAACGUUUCUAGACAGUCACUGCGAAGCCAAUGUCGGCUGGCUACCUCCAUUGCUAGAUAGAGUUCAUCAGGACACUUCCCGUGUUGUGAGUCCCAUCAUCGACGUCAUCAACAUGGAUUCCUUUAAGUAUAUAGGGGCUUCCCCAGAUCUGAGAGGAGGUUUUGAUUGGAGUCUACAUUUUAAAUGGGAACACAUGCCAAUGGACCAGAGGUCCAGAAGGAAAAGCUCCAUUGAUCCAAUCAGAACACCAAUGAUUGCAGGGGGACUGUUUGUCAUUGACAAAGACUGGUUCAACAAGCUUGGCAAAUACGACACUGAAAUGAACAUCUGGGGAGGGGAAAACUUUGAAAUUUCUUUUCGGGUGUGGCAGUGUGGCGGUAGCCUAGAGAUCAUACCGUGCAGUCGAGUGGGUCAUGUAUUCCGCAAAAAGCACCCCUACACUUUCCCAGAGGGCAACGCUAACACUUACAUCAGAAAUACAAGACGAACAGCGGAAGUGUGGAUGGAUGAUUAUAAACAGUACUUCUACAAUGCGAGGCCUUCGGCCAGGGGGAAACCAUUUGGAAAUGUGGACAGCAGGAGAGAAUUAAGGAAGCAGUUGAACUGCAAGCCUUUUCAGUGGUACCUGGAGAACAUUUACCCAGAACUCAGAAUUCCAGCUUCAGGAAAUGUGCAAUAUGGCAAGCUACAGCAAGGGGAGCUGUGUCUGGACUCGGCCCCACGUACCACCGGAACCACCUGGGCCCCGUCCAUCAUUCCAUGCGAGAUUCAGGAUCAGAGUCAGGCAUGGUCAUUAACCAAAGAGGACACAGUCCAGCAACAAUUCAAGUGUCUGACCGUCAGUUCAUCAGUGCCUGAUACUAGGGUCUACCUAACUACUUGCCAAAGCAACGAAAUUAAACAGAAGUGGACAAGAGAGGGCAGCAGACUCCGUCACCAGUUGAGCCACCUGUGUCUAGACCACCUGCCCCAGCGGGGCCUGGUUGUCCGGCCGUGCAGCCCAGACUCCAAGACCCAAAUAUGGACAUUCAAGCCUCCAACUCCAGCUAGGCAUAGACAGCGCUACCAGCGCCAAUGAGCUGGGAAUCAAUCAAUCAUGGUGCAAUUACUUACUGUACAAACUGCUGUUUCCUCUGCUUUCUGUUAUUGCAAACCCCAUUCUGAUGCUUAUGAGUGAGCCAGGGCCCAACUUCAUGUAGCUACUAAGCAGUGGGAUUUAAAUCCAGAUUUUUUUAAAUUCAGUUUGAAUUCCACUAUUUGGUUUCCAUUUUGGAAACCAGAUACUCGAAACCAACCUUACAAAAAAUAAGACUCUCAAUUCCAUUUGGAGAUUAUUAUGGAGUACAAUUACUUUGAUGACGGAGUACGAUUUCGAAUAGGUGAGCCCAAGUACUUUGCUUCUCGAGUACGAGUACCGUGAAUUUGAGUCCGAGUACUUUGAAAGUCGAGUACUUAUGCAAGUACGAGUAUUCCGAAAAAAAAGUAAUGCAAGUUGUACUCGAGUACGAGUACUGAGUACGAGUAUACUACAACACUG